UCUCUCAGACCUCAACCCCAAACCGUGAGAACCCCCAUCCUCUCGAGCAUCCUCCAUCUGUGGCUCUUCCAAGCUCCGCCGGAGACGACCGUGAGAACCAUCAGAGACGGAGACGACCGUGAGAACCCCCAUCCUCUCGAGCAUCCUCCAUCUGUGGCUCUUCCAAGCUCCGCCGGAGACGACCAUGAGAACCAUCAGAGACGGAGACGACCGUGAGAACCCCCAUCCUCUCGAGCAUCCUCCAUCUGUGGCUCUUCCAAGCUCCGCCGGAGACAACCGUGAGAACCAUCAGAGACGGAGACGGUUCCUCUGAGCUCCAUGGGUAUCUCUCUAUUUCAAUGUUUCAAAACCUGUAUUUGACUUGUUUGGGUUCUUCUGGUACAUGCACCAAACAACACAUUAACUGCAAGACAGUGUACUCAUUAUGAAUUCCGGGCAAAAGGAUUUUCUAUAAUAAAAGACUUUGGAUUUUGAUUGAUUUAUUGAGAUAUGUCUUCUGCGGUUAUGCAACAUCACGGAGGGGAUGGUGGGGCAAAUCCUCCUCCAGAUCCAACGCAGAUACAGGCUGAUUGUGAGAGAGGUAACACAUGCAAUUAUUUUUUUUGGAUGAAUAUAUUGAAUUAAUUUAUUUAUGUGUAUAUAAUAAUUAUAUGUAUUUGAGAAAUAAUAGUGACGACUAAAAUGAAAAGGCGCGGCAUCAACAAGGGGUUUUCAACUCGAGAAGCUAGAGUUGCAUUAGGUAGACCACUACCACUGGAGUGGGAUGUUCGAGGGAAGACUUACAAAGAAAUUGGUAAUUAUUCCCAACAUUUCUCUAGAGAGAUCGGCAUUCUCAUUCGACAAUAUGCCGAUCCCGACUACGACCGAUGGGAUAAAGUACCCAGCGAAGUUAGAGAUCGCAUACUUCCUCGUCUAGAGGAUGAUUUAUUCGACAUUGGUCGAAGUCGAUAUGCCUCAGAGAACCUCCCCGGCAUUCUUUUGGGCAUUCAACGGUCAUGCGCUGAUCGUUACUCGGAGUGGAAGAAUGACUUGUCCACUCAUUUAAAAAAGAAUGGUCGAGCACAUCCUCCUGAUGGUUUGGUGGUGGAGAAAUGGCAGAAGGCGCUCCAGUAUUUUGAUCGCCCUGAAGUGAAGGCAUUCACAAAAAUAUUAUUUUUUAAUUUAUUUUUGUUAAUUUAACAUAUGGUUAACACAAGUUCUUUGCAGAGGCAUUCUGAGACUAACUCUGUGAACCGUGCAAAACAAAAACAGAGAAGCGUGCAGGGUUCACAGUCUACGCCAGCCCUUCGUUACAAGAAGCGUGAUUUACAAACUGGGUGUCUUGCUGGGGUUCCAGAGAUUUGGAUGGCGACUAAGUAUAUAGACGGGGAAGGUUGGGUGAGCAAGGCAGCAAAAGAUAACUAUGAAAAGAUGAUAGAGAUACGUGACACUCUGCAGUCACAAUCAUCUACGAGCGCCUCUGCCUCGAGUACUAUCCCGAGAGAAGAUGAUGACAUUAUUCUUGUUGAGACGAUCUUUGGACGUCGUCGAGGCUAUCAGCCGGGUCUUGGUCGUAGGAUUCGCACGAGGGCGAAUUGUGAAGCGGCUGAGGUACCUCAACCAACCCAACCACCUCCUACCGCACAAGACAUGCAAGAGGUGAGGGAGCGACUCCGAGCCAUAGAGGAGCACUUGGCUAGGAUUGGUGGAGUCUCGGGAUCUGGAUCUUCUCAGCAAGGUCCUGGUGCCGAUCCUACAACACCUAGUUAAAAAUAUUUAUAUUUAUGUAUUUUAA